UUCGUCAUCCUGUCAGCCACGCAUUGCUUAAAUGGAAUUAGUUUGGAUUGGAGCCCCUUGCAUAAGAAUCAGACAUGGUACAUGGGCAUCGGCUCAGAUUGUUUCACGUUGUAUCAAAUCUCAUCUUACUAGGAUUGUGUGUGUCAACAAAAAAGACAUCAGACAAAUCAACUUCUUCAAAUUCAGUGCAAUGUGGCUCUUGGAUCAAGAAUCCAAAUGGUGGCUUCUUCACAUCUCCCAAUUAUCCAAACAAGUACCCUCCUGACAGAGAGUGUAUUUAUAUCAUUGAAGCUGCUCCAAGACAAAGCAUUGAACUUUACUUUGAUGAAAAAUACUCCAUUGAACCUUCUUGGGAAUGUAAAUUUGAUCAUAUCGAGGUGCGGGAUGGACCUUUUGGGUUUUCUACUGAGAUUGGACGUUACUGUGGUCAAAAUAUUCCACCUUUUAUAACAUCAUCGGGCAGAUAUUUAUGGAUUAAAUUUGUUGCUGAUGGUGAGCUCGAAUCUAUUGGAUUUCUGGCAAGAUACAACUUUAUACCAGAUCCUGAAUUUGCACACCUUGGUGCCCUGAAACCAUUGCCAGUGUGUGAGUUUGAAAUGGGAGGACCUGAGGGGAUCAUUGAAUCAAAGCAAGUCGUGCAGGAAGGCAAAGCCAAUCCCACGGAGGCAGUUGAUUGUAAAUGGUACAUUCGAGCACCACCAAAAUCCAAGAUUUACUUGAGAUUUCUUGACUACGAGAUGCAGAAUUCAAAUGAGUGUAAGCGCAAUUUUGUGGCCAUCUAUGAUGGAAGCAAUGCAGUGGAGGAUCUUAAAGCCAAAUUCUGCAGCACCGUGGCCAACGAUUUGAUGCUUCGCACAGGAAUAGGCGUCAUUCGCAUGUGGGCUGAUGAGGGGAGUCGGAGCAGUCACUUCCAGAUGCUUUUCACAUCCUUUCAAGAACCUCCCUGUGAAGGUAGCGCUUUCUUUUGUCACAGCAACAUGUGCAUCAAUAACACAUUGGUCUGCAAUGGCGUGCAAAACUGCGUGUACCCCUGGGAUGAAAAUCACUGCAAAGAGAAAAGAAAGACGAGCCUGCUGGACCAGCUUACCAACACUAGUGGGACUAUAAUUGGGAUCACAUCUUUCAUUGUGAUUAUUCUCAUUGUUAUCUCCGUUAUAGUUCAGAUCAAACAACCACGCAAAAAAUUCAUCCAAAGAAAACCAGACUUUGACCAAACAGUUUUUCAGGAGGUUUUUGAACCUACGCAGUAUGAACUCUGUUCACUGAAAGGAAAAGGGGCUGCAGCUGAUCUAGGGGAUAUUGUGGAUGACUUUGAGAAUUAUCAUAAACUAAGGCGCUCAUCUUCGAAAUGCAUUCAUGACCAUCACUGUGGUUCCCAGAUAUCCAGCGUUAAAGGUAGCCGUAGUAACCUCAGCACCCGUGAUGCCACCAUCCUCUCAGAAAUACAGCCACAACCGGUGAAGCCCAGUGUCCAGUCCUUGAGCAGACGGAGUAUCCUUGUUAUGAAGCACAGCUACUCACAGGAUGCAGCAGAUGCGUGUGAUAUUGAUGAAAUCGAAGAAGUCCCGACGACGAGUCACAGGCUGUCCAGAAAUGAUAAAUCUGUCCAGCGACUGCUUGAGAAUAAUGUGCUGCUGGAUGAUUUUGAACAUGCAUCAAAGAAUUUUGAAAUUGUGGACCUUGGACACACGCCAGCAUGAGUCUCUUGGACAUCAAUUUAUCGCCUGUUCCCUGAACCAAAUGUAGAUGUGCAAUAAUGAUGUAAAGACCAGUCUUGGUGUAGCCUUUUGUGUAAGCUGCAGUCGGAUCCAGAAUGGUACAGAUAUCUAUAUCUGUAUUUAAGACUAAUGCAGGCUGAAGAUCAAGUGCAGUGAUGGAAAACAAGGAUCCAGAACAAUGUAAUUCAGCACUGGGGAGCAGCUCCUCAAAUGCAAAAUAAAUAAAACCAUGUUAUGUUCAGAUUGGAGCACUGUAGAAUCCAGACAUUUAAUAUUUUAUGUUUUGUUGCAAUUAUUAUGAUUUAAUUAUGAGUUAUAUCUAGUAAGCUUAUUUUAAAUGUUUGCUUACAAAGUGCUACCUAAACUUGGGAGCUUUAUUUCCUGUUACCUGUAGUUGCAAGAAUUCCCAAAUAUGUUACGCUAGGGAAUGAUAAAGUCAUAAAUAUAACUCUUAUUUUAUCUAUGCUAUGUUACUGAGCUAUUAUUUAAUGUGUUCAAUACACAAUAUGCAAUAAUUGUUUUUUUUUUGGAGCUUUGGAGCCUAAAAAGCCUCCUGACUCAUUAGCAUCAAUUCCUUACUAGUGCCCAUUAUUGUAACAUGACACCCUAGAUUAUUUUACUUUAACCGCAUUUUGUUAGACCUGAGAUUCUAAGACAUUUCUUUACAGGAGACCCCAGUUAAUUAUUAGGGGAUCUUAAUAUAUUUUCAGGGAUGAUCGAAAAUAAUGGAGUAAUAGAUAACUUAAAAAUAAUGUAUUUUUCUAACUGCAUCCCUAUCUGCGCUUUAGCCUUCCAUUUUCAUAAUGUUGCUUUUUUGAAUGGAUUACACCAGAAUUGAUGAGAGAAAUUGAAAUCUACUUCACAGGAAUAUUCACAAAUAAUACUUCAUAUGUCAGUAAUGUAACUUUGGCCAAAAUCAACAAACUAAUGAGUGAAAACCAAAAUAAAAGCAGUUGAUUUCUGACAAAAGUUAUUGCAAAUUGUUUAUUGUAUAGGAUAUAUAACUGUCAGACAUGUAUCAAAAAUGUUUUCAUCUAUAGGUACAAAUUGCAUUGUGCUGUAUACUGAGCAUUUCAUUGUAAUGACAGCCAUUUAUUUUGACAGAUGCAUCAAGUUGUAUUUUUAUUAAUCAGGGCAAAUAACAAAACAAUGUUUCUACAGUAUGAAAUGGUGGUAUGACAGACCCUGGAAACUGCUCUUUUUUGCAUGCAUUUAUAUUAAUAUCUACUUUUGCCUAAAACCUUUACACAAAGUAUUGUGUACUUGGAUGAAUACAGGCAUAUGACUGAUGAGCUUUUCAAUCAUUAAGAUCAAUAUCCAUUUUAUUGUGCAUCUUAUUUCUUUAUGGUGGGGAGAAGGGCUUGAGGUAGAGUGGAACUCUUUGAUGGUAUUAUAUCUUGAUCAGUUAACACAUAAACUAACAACGUAGAGAAAUCGACAGGGGAUUUGUCCAAGAAACAUGCUGCGAUAAACCCUAGUUUUGUGUUCCAUGUCCUACAUUUUAAACUAUUGUGUUACAGGACACAGCUACAGAUAUUGAACUAGGAAAUGGACCUUCAUGUGUUGUUCUAAUGGGAUCUAAGAAUGUUGUUGAGAAAUCAUUAGUAGAUGGGAAAAAGGAUAUCAAACAAUUUUAGAUUAGUAAAGGGGCAAUAAAGUCUUAAGACUUUUUAUUGGCUCAGCAGUCUUGUCUC